CGCUCAAUGUAGCAUAUUCAUCGUCUACGGCGGUAUACCUUCACGAUCUGCCAGUGCAAUACCGCCACGCGAUCCCCUUCCCACCCUUGAAGACUCGCGUCCGCCGCGCAGCUGUUAGUAUAAUAGCCCUCUCACCGCGCAACCGCCCGAUCAAACUGCCGCCACCGCCCGCCGUCCCCCUCGCUGCUCGCUCCACUGUGCAAAGGUCCGCCAAUCUAAAGCUGCUCGUGGGCAUGAUGCGCACUGCUUGUGGACGUGAUGUGCACUAGAUCUCUUGGGGUUUGGUUUGAGCGCUGGGAUUCGUUUGGGUGCUUAUGUGGGGAUUUGUUCUUCUAUAGAUCUGCGGGAUAGGGCCGUGGGUUUGAGGAUUUACCUAACAGUGAUGGUGAAAUUUUAUUGUAAUAGGGCUAGGUUAGGUUAGGUUAGGCUCAAGCAAUAGGGCUAAGUUAGGUUAAUUUUCCUACUACCUCUAUUAAUUAAAUUUCCAAAUAUCGAAAGUUAAAAUAAUAUAGCUAGAUAACAUGUUAUUGUUUUGCACAAGCUAAAAUAGGUAUAAAAUAAUACUUUCUCUAUUUUUUGAUAGUUUAUUUUAUCUUGAUGCAAUGAUCAAGAAUAAGAACCUUGCUUAGCAUCUCAUUAAUCAUGACUCCUUAUUUUAGAUGUUAUUAUAUACUUACAUUAAUCUUUUUCAAGAGAAGUUACUCUGCAUGAGAAUCGAACGACCAUCCAUACUAUUUCCAAGUUGUCAACUCAAAUAAAAUUAUUGAAAGAGAGUAAUUUAAUUUUAGAAAUAGGACUAUGAAAAGUAGAGGGAAUAAAGCUAAAUAUCCAGAUAUGCUUCUCUUUCCAUUUAUUUAUCAAAUUAGAUGUGUCUUUUAUAUCAGUUUCAGUGCAUAGUUUCAUUACAAUAUAAAAAAUUGAGAACUUAUAUCAGAACCAUAUGAGUAUUAUAGGGAUGAAAUUUCUCUCAUAUUAUAUAAAACUUUUACUUCUCUCUUCUUAUAAUAAUUCCAUACCAGUAAAUUUGCUGAUGUGGUAUAAUAUUUAAUAUCUAUAAAAAUUUAUACUGAGAGUUGUACGUGCGUCUCUUUAUCUGUCAUCUUAAUACUACUACUGUGAUGUCGUUGAUCUUCGUAAGAAUUAAACAUCUCGGGCUGAUCUCGGCUCGGGAUCCGCCAGCUUUAGGUGGCAGGCUCGCUCGAGCUCGGCUCAUUGACAGCCGUCCCGCUCAGGGCUCAGCCGCUCAGGGCCUCAGGUUCAUCUCCUCCCUCUGUUUCUUAAACUUUUCCCUUCUCUCGGACUCCCUCCUCCCUUGCUCUUCCUUCCCUGGCGGCGACGACUGGGCGAGCGGCAGCGCCAUUUGUCCUGUGUUCGCCCAGCCCUGUGCCGGCGACGAGCGCAUCCUCCAGACCAUAGACAAGUUGAUCUCUGAUCUCAUGAGUUCAGGAAGAACAGUAGCAUCCAAAGUUUCCUGUUCAGCGGGAAACAGUGGCAGCUUCCCUCCUUGCCUCCUUCCAGGGUUUCUAGGUUUCCCAGUUGUUUUUGUAAACUUCCACUUGUUCAAGGCCAUUGUUCGCAGCCCUGCAUCUUCUGUUGUCUUGGGAAUCUGUGGAGGGAGCCUCCCUUAGACAGUUGCCCUAUAAGGCAUCAUUCUAGUUUAUCUGGGAAUUCGUUGAAGGGAGCUGCCCUAGCUAAAUUGUGGCCCAAGACUUCUUAGGUCACGAAACUGCUGAAUCUCAUAAGCUCUAGAAGAUCUGAAGAUGGUUUCCUCUGAGAUAACCUCUGUUACAGCAGCUCGUGCACAGGGCCCCAAGCUUUUUAGAGGGAAGAUACUUCUCCCAGGGGGGCCACCAGAUGUUGUCCCUUCUGAAAAUGUCGAGUUCGAUUUUUCUGAUGUUUUCGGACCUACUGCAGUCCAUACUCCUACAGAAGUGAAUAUUCUCACUCCAGGCAGUCCAGCACCUGUGGCUGACUCCAGCGAUGAGGUUUACAAUGACCCUGAUGUCAUUGUCAAGCGAUCUCAUUCUCUUGUUGGUCCAUCAUCUCUUGUUAGCCAAUCGUUGCCAUUUAGCAAGCUUACGCCACACGAGACUGAGAUCUCAUUGGAACUUUCAGAAUGCUCUUCCAAAGAAAAGCAAAUUAGCCAUGUGUCCCUUAGUGAUGAUGAGCUUGAUGAUGUCAAAAAGGAGAAUGAGGGUGUUGGGCUCGAUGAUUUCGAAGUCUUGAAGCUUGUUGGCCAAGGUGCAUUUGGCAAAGUCUAUCAGGUGAGAAAGAAAGGUACUUCAGAAAUAUAUGCAAUGAAAGUUAUGAGGAAGGACAAGGUUGUGGAGAAGAAUCAUGCCGAGUACAUGAAAGCUGAGAGAGAUAUACUGACAAAAGUUGACCAUCCUUUUGUAGUGCAGCUGAGGUACUCGUUUCAGACAAAGUACCGACUUUACCUUGUCCUCGACUUCAUAAAUGGGGGCCAUCUCUUCUUCCAGCUUUACCAACAGGGUUUAUUUAGGGAGGAGCUUGCACGCAUCUAUACUGCUGAAAUUGUAUCUGCCGUAGCCCACCUCCAUGCCAAUGGUAUUAUGCAUAGAGAUUUGAAGCCUGAGAACAUCUUACUCGAUGCUGAUGGUCAUGCCAUGCUGACUGACUUUGGCGUGGCAAAGGAAUUUGAUGAAAACACUAGAUCAAACUCUAUGUGCGGUACUGUUGAGUACAUGGCCCCAGAAAUUGUUCAGGGCCGGGGGCAUGAUAAGGCUGCUGACUGGUGGAGCGUGGGGAUCCUUCUUUUUGAAAUGCUUACGGGCAAGCCACCAUUUGUUGGUGGAAACAGAGACAAGAUUCAGCAGAAGAUAGUGAAGGAGAAGAUAAAGCUGCCGACAUAUCUAUCCAGUGAAGUUCACUCUCUGUUGAAAGGAUUACUGAACAAAGAAGCUGGCAGACGGCUGGGAAGUGGGCCAGAUGGCAGUGAUGAAAUAAAGAACCACAAGUGGUUCAAGUCAAUCAACUGGAAGAGACUGGAGGCCCGGCAGAUCCAGCCAAGCUUCCGCCCAAAUGUUGCUGGCAAGACCUGCAUCGCGAACUUCGACGAGUGCUGGACGAGCAUGCCCGUCCUGGACUCUCCAGUGGCCAGCCCAGUCGCAGCCAACAGCAACUUCGUGGGGUUCAGUUAUGUGAGGCCUGCUCCAUUCCUGCAAAAGCCAAGUCCUCUUGGCUGAGGAGCUACUUCUGUUACCAGAGAAGAUCGACCCUGGAGUUGGAAUAUUUAUCUUGAGGUACCUGCGGGUACGAGUUUGCAUGUAGAUUUAUGUUUCUGUGAUUUCGUGGAAAACACUUUGUUCUACACAUUAGUGAUGCAAGUGUAACCUUAUUGUUGUGUUAUGGGGAGGCAUACCCACCUAUUGCUCGAGGACAACUGCUGGGCAAGUGACCAUGUGUAAUAAUUGCCAAAAUUUCUUACUGAAGCGGCAUAAUUAUCUACAGAAGAUGUGCAAUA